GCGAGUGUUUACUUCCGGCCGCCCGGGCCGAGGCCGAGCGUGUGGGCGCGGGCGGGGGCCCCGCAGCCAUGGACUGGCUCAUGGGGAAGUCCAAAGCCAAGCCCAACGGGAAGAAGCCUGCAGCCGAGGAGAAGAAGGUGUACCUGGAGCCCGAGUACACCAAGGCCAGGGUCACUGACUUCGCCUUCAAGGAGUUGGUGGUGCUGCCCCGAGAGAUCGACCUCAACGAGUGGCUGGCGAGCAACACGACAACGUUCUUCCACCACGUGAACCUUCAGUAUAGCACCAUCUCCGAGUUCUGCACCGGGGAGGCCUGCCAGACCAUGGCCGUGUGCAACACGCAGUACCACUGGUACGACGAGCGGGGCCGGAAGGUCAAGUGCACGGCGCCCCAGUAUGUGGACUUCGUCAUGAGCUCCGUGCAGAAGCUGGUCACCGACGAGGACGUGUUUCCCACCAAGUACGGGCGGGAGUUCCCCAGCUCCUUCGAGUCGCUGGUGAAGCGGAUCUGCAGGUACCUGUUCCACGUGCUGGCCCACAUCUACUCGGCCCACUUCAAGGAGACGCUGGCCCUGGAGCUGCACGCCCACCUCAACACGCUCUACGUGCACUUCAUCCUCUUCGCCCGAGAGUUCAACCUGCUCGACCCCAAAGAGACCGCGGUCAUGGACGACCUCACAGAGGUGCUGUGUAGCGGGGCCGGCGGGGACGGGGCCGGCACGGGCGCAGGGGCACAGAACCACGUGAAGGAGAGGUGAGCCCCGGCCCCGGCGCGCGUGUGCAGAGACGGUGACGGGGCCGCGUGUGCGCACACGCGCGGGGCGUGCUCGGCAGGAGGCCUGCGAGGGGUCGCCAGCUGCACUGACGGCCCCGGUGUGCAGGAAGCCGUGGGGCCCGGCUGCCAGACAUGGGGGCUCUCCACGCUCUCGCGGUUCAUCGGAGGACGCACAUGGCCCCGGGGGCUGGCUCCGUGGCGUCUGCUUGGACGUUUUCAGGCGCUCCCCCCUCCUUCCCCAGCCUCGCCUGGAUCUGACUCUUGGUGGCCAGGGCCCACUGCCCUGGUCUCUCCCCCGGACGGCCUCUGUCCACGAACGUGCGGGGCCCAGGGCCUCGUGUGGGGCCGGUGGCCUGGAGGGCGGGCAGCACGCUUGCUCCACUCACCUGCUUGGUGGGAAUAAAAAGAAUCCUGUCAGG